CUGGGGAAUCCUGUCUGCUCAGCCUUUCUCUCCCAUAACACAGGGCAGGAUUUGCUCUUUGCCUCUACGUAUGUACUGGUAGUUUGGAGACACUCUGCCAGAAGACACUGUUUUCCUGUCGAGAAGAGAAAAAUGAACAAUCAAGAUGUGAGCAUUUUGAAUGUGGGAGGAGUGAAAUUCACAACAUGGCGUUCUACGCUACAGCAAUUCCCUGAAUCUAGAUUGGCAAGGAUGUUGGGUGGCAAUGACUUGGAAUGUAGGUUGGUGAAUGGCCAGUUCUUUAUAGACCGUGAUGGAGUUCUGUUCAGCUAUAUUCUGGACUUCUUAAGAACACGACAACUUUCUCUGCCCUGUGACUUCUCAGACUACCAGAGGCUGCAGAGAGAGGCUGAUUUCUAUGAAAUUUACUCUCUGGCUGACCUUCUGAGUCCAGAAAGCUUGUUGAGACCAAAGCUAGAGAUCUUGGAAAUACGAUUCUUGAUCCAAGAAAUGCAAGCUUUUUUCCGGGUAUUUGGCUCUUGUAGCAUCACUGUUGGUGAACUGGCUGGACGAAUCACUGUAUUUUCAGAAAAGCUUGUUGGAACAACUUGGAAAAGCCAUAAUGACCCUUCACAGAAGUCGUUGAUUCCCCUUUCUUUGGAGAGGCCUUCCCAUCAUGAUGUCAUUUUCCAGUGUGGCACUGACUACAGUGAUCAGUUUAUAGCAAGAUACGUUUCUAUAAAACCUGAUCAGAGGAAAUUGAUUAAUGGAACUAAUGUGCUGGGCCUACUGGUUGACUUAUUACUCAAAGAAGGAUUUCGUUUAAUAAGCACUAGGACCGUCUCUGCUGAAGAAAAAAUUGAAUGUUAUAGUUUUGAAAGAAAAAGGCAGCCAGAUACCUUUCCCAUUAGUAUGAGCCAAACACAACAGGACACCACUAUAUCACAAACACAGCCAAUCCAAGUGCACAAACGGAAAUGAAUAAUGAAGAUUUUUUAAGCCGUGUGAAAUUAACAAGGCUAAGAAUUAUUACAAUAGCACACAUAUUUUUGCUGUCAAUGUGUUGGAUUUCUGAUACUGGAUUUUUGAAUGGUAAAUAUGGAAGUUUGUCUAAAUUACUUCAUUAACUUACAAUAACCAGAUACCCAAUUUUAUCACAUCCAAUGAAAAAAUAGUUUUCUAUCAGCUAUAUUUAUUUGCUUUUACCACAUGCUACUGGACCUAUUGCAAGGUA